AACAUGGAUAUUGGUUGUGAGGCUCCAAUAAAUCAAACAUGGAUAAAAACGAAGAAACCAAGCAAUCCGACAACAUAAUCUACAACAAAAAUGACUCAUCAGUGUCUUCCUUCAUCAGCCACCUCAUCACGGCUUUUAAUUGCAGAGGAAUCAAGUUGUUUUCCGGAAUUUGUUUAGUGAUUUUCUCUAGAGACUACGCAUCUUCCGUGUCAUGCCUAGAGAACCUCACGAAGCACCUUGAAUUAUCCUGCUGUGACAAGAAGAGCUAUGAGGUGGUUCCGGUGUUCUAUGGUGUAAGUCGAUCAGACGUGAGGCAACAAUCGGGGCCGUUUAGUGAUGCGUUCACAGAGCUCGAAAGGUCAUAUCCUGCAGAUAAGGUGACUAGGUUGCGAUGGGCGCUUGCGAAAAUAGCAGAACUAAAAGGCCAUGAGUAUGAUGAGGAAUUCAGCGAAGAAUCCGAAGUUGUGGAGGAGAUCUCGGAAGCAAUAUUUGAGAUACUUAACCCUACGGAAGAGAUUGGGAUCCACAGCCGGCAAUUGGAUAUAGAAAACUUGCUAUGCAAGCAACCAUGGGGCCUUCGCACUAUAGGCAUUUUCGGCAAGCCUGGCAUUGGCAAGACUAUACUGGCUAAAGCAAUCUUUCGACGAAUGGGUGGAGGGUAUGAUGCUACUUACUUCGUCAAAGAUUUCCACACAAAACAUAGUGAGAAGAGACUUGAGCCUUUGCCCAGUGAUUUAUUUUGUCUGACUCCAAUGGAAGAGUUUGACCUUAACAACUCUGGUUCCGAGCCAUGCCAUCGUCGAAAAAGGGUUCUUGUUGUUCUAGAUGAUGUACGAGAUGCUCAAGACGCUAUGUCUUUUCUUGGAGUAGUUGAUCAGUUUGCACCAGGGAGCUUGAUCAUCAUAACCUCAAGAGAUAAAUCAGUUCUUGAGAAGUGCCAGAUGAAUGAGAUUUAUGAGCUUAAAGGUCUAAGUGAUGAAAAUGCUCUGAAGCUAUUGACAAGAUGUGCCUUUGGGAGUGGAGUGGUAGAGCAGAAUCUUCUAGAUCUUUCAAUGAGAGUGAUUAAAAGUUCUGAUGGCAACCCGUCUACUCUCAUCUCAUAUGCCGAGGAGCUCAAGGGCAAGAAAAUGACUGAAAUGGAGUCGGCUUUGCUCAAGAUCUGCCAUGAUGCCCAGGACCGUCAAACACGAUUUGAAGGCCCGGUGCACAUCAUCGACGUAUGUAUUAACACUUCGAAGAACAGAUCUUUUUGCUUGAUCUCCUGUGGAAAUGACUAUGAACAUGCCGUUUUGGACAAAAGAGAUACUAAUCAGAAGGAGUCUAUCAUGCGUGCAUCUCACAUAUACCUAUCUGAUGCUCAGAACCUCCCGGAAUUCGACCAUAAGAGUUGCGUCCCUGAGUCUGUACCUAGUGAUCUAAGGAAUUCCUGUAUGGAUCAUGACCAUGCAGUGCAAUCCUUGCCCCAACACUUUCACAGAAAGCCGCCGGUUAUAUACCAAGGAUUUGCUUGUCAAUUUCACAAACUUAAACUUUGGGGAUUUGGAGGAUAUUAUAAGAGUUUCUCGAUGUUAAAGAGAAUCAAGCUUGGGCAUUUAGUGACACUAGUUGAAGUUGAUGAAAUUUCGGAAGCAUGUCACCUUGAGAAAAUCGAUCUUCAAGAUUGCACAAGCUUGGAGAGCAUACCAAGUACUGAUAAGCUAGAACAUCUCCAAGUUUUUAAUCUUUCUGGUUGCAAUGGGAUCAAACGUUUCCCAGAUGUUGUACGGACCAUAAGAGAAUUGAAUCUUGAAGGCACUGGUAUAAGAGAAAUAAGAUCUGAAACAACACAGUACUCUAAAUUGGUAAAACAACCAAGUACCACCACAACUUUGGAAUUAACACAUAGCUUCUGAAUUUCCAAGAGCAUGUGUACUAAACUUGGUUUAAAUCAAGUUUAGUUCGUGUU